CCGGCCGGGGCUGGGAGCGGCGGGGCUGCGGGAUGGCUUGGGCCGGGCUGUGCGCCCUGCUGGCCGGGUGCUGCCUGGCGGCGGGCAGCGGCCCCGCCGAGGCGGCGGCGGCGGAGGCGGCGGCCAAGGAGCUGGAGUGCAAGCUGAAGAGCAUCACGGUGUCGGCGCUGCCCUUCCUGCGGGAGAACGACCUGAGCAUCAUGCACGGCCCGUCGGCCGCCGAGCCCAAGCUGCUCUUCUCCGUGCGCAACGACUUCCCCGGCGAGAUGGUGGUGGUGGACGACCUGGAGAACACCGAGCUGCCCUACUUCGUGCUGGAGAUUUCAGGCAACACGGACGACAUCCCGCUGGUGCGCUGGCGGCAGCAGUGGCUGGAGAACGGCACGCUGCUCUUCCACAUCCACCAUCAGGACGGGGCCCCCAACCUGCCCGGCUUCGAGCCCACCGAUGAGCCCCAGACUGAGUCGGCGGAGGAGGAGCUGAGGAUCCUCCACAUCUCCGUCAUGGGAGGGAUGAUCGCGCUGCUGCUCUCCAUCCUCUGCCUGGUGAUGAUCCUCUACACCCGCCGGCGGUGGUGCAAGCGGCGCCGCGUGCCGCAGCCCCAGAAGAGCGCCAGCGCCGAGGCGGCCAACGAGAUCCACUACAUCCCCUCGGUGCUGAUCGGGGGUCACGGGCGGGAGAGCCUGCGCAACGCCCGUGUGCAGGGCCACAACUCCAGCGGCACCCUCAGCAUCCGCGAGACCCCCAUCCUGGACGGCUACGAGUACGACAUCACCGACCUGCGGCACCACCUCCAGCGCGAGUGCAUGAACGGCGGCGAGGACUUCGCCAGCCAGGUCACCCGCACCCUGGACUCGCUGCAGGGGUGCAACGAGAAGGCCAGCAUGGACCUCACGCCAGGGAGUGACAACGCCAAGCUGUCCCUGAUGAACAAGUACAAGGACAACAUCAUCGCCACCAGCCCUGUGGAUGCCAACCACCAGCAGGCCACGCUGCUCUCCCACACCUCCAGCAGCCAGCGCAAGCGCAUCAACAACAAGGCGCGAGCUGGCUCGGCGUUUCUUAACCCCGAGGGGGACUCGGGGACGGAGGCGGACACCGAUCCCCAGCUGACCUUCUACACGGACCCCUCGCGGAGCCGGAGGCGCAGCCGAGUGGGGUCCCCCCGCAGCCCCGUGAAUAAGACCACACUGACCCUCAUCAGCGUGACGAGCUGCGUCAUCAGCCUGGUGUGCUCCUCACACAUGAGCUGCCCCCUUGUCGUCAAGAUCACCCUCCACGUCCCCGAGCACCUCAUCGCCGAUGGGAGCCGGUUUAUCUUGCUGGAGGGCAGCCAGCUGGACGCCAGCGACUGGCUGAACCCGGCGCAGGUCGUCCUCUUCUCCCAGCAAAACUCCAGUGGGCCCUGGGCCCUGGACCUCUGCGCCCGCCGCCUCCUCGACCCCUGCGAGCACCAGUGCGACCCCGAGACCGGUGAGUGUCUCUGCUACGAGGGCUACAUGAAGGACCCCGUCCAUAAGCACCUUUGCAUCCGGAAUGAGUGGGGGACCAACCAGGGACCCUGGCCGUACACCAUAUUCCAGCGUGGCUUCGACCUGGUGCUGGGUGAGCAGCCAUCCGACAAGAUCUUUCGGUUCACCUACACCCUGGGGGAGGGCAUGUGGCUGCCGCUGAGCAAGAGCUUCGUCAUCCCUCCGGCCGAGCUGGCCAUCAACCCCUCGGCCAAGUGCAAGACCGACAUGACGGUGAUGGAGGAUGCAGUGGAGGUCAGGGAAGAGCUGAUGACCUCCUCCUCCUUCGACAGCCUGGAGGUCCUCCUCGACUCCUUCGGCCCCGUCCGGGACUGCACCAGGGACAACGGGGGCUGCAGCAAGAAUUUCCGCUGCAUCGCCGACCGCAAGCUGGACUCGACGGGCUGCGUGUGCCCGGUAGGACUGAGCCCCAUGAAGGACGGCACGGGCUGCUACGACCGCCACAUCGGCGUCGACUGCUCCGACGGCUUCAAUGGGGGCUGCGAGCAACUGUGCCUGCAGCAGAUGGUGCCCCUGCCUGAUGACCCCCUGCUCUACAACAUCCUCAUGUUCUGCGGGUGCAUCGAGGACUACAAGCUGGGCAUGGACGGGCGGUCAUGCCAGCUCAUCUCAGAGUCGUGCCCCGAGGCAGGGGACUGCGGUGAGCCCCGCGAGCUACCCAUGAACCAGACGCUCUUUGGGGAGAUCUUCUAUGGCUACAACAACCACUCCAAGGAGGUGGCCCCGGGACAGGUGCUCAAAGGGACCUUUAGGCAGAACAACUUUGCCCGGGGCCUGGAGCAGCAGCUGCCGGAUGGGCUGGUGGUGGCCACGGUGCCCCUGGAGAACCAGUGCCAAGAGGAGCUCUCAGACCCCAUGCCCGACCCCGAGUUCCUCACCGGGAUGGUGAACUUCAGCGAGGUGUCUGGGUACCCGCUCCUGCAGCACUGGAAGGUGCAGUCCGUCAUGUACCACGUCCGGCUCAACCAGCUGACCAUCUCCCAGUCCUUCAGCAACGCGCUCCACUCUCUGGAUGGGGCCACCUCCCGUGGGGACUUCGUGGCGCUGCUGGACCAGUUUGGCAACCACUACAUCCAGGAGGCCGUGUACGGCUUUGAGGAGUCCUGCUCCAUCUGGUACCCCAACAGGCAGGUCCAGCGGCAGCUCUGGCUGGAGUAUGAGGACAUCAGCAAAGGCAACUCCCCCUCGGACGAGUCAGAGGAGCGUGAGCGGGACCCCAAGGUGCUCACCUUCCCCGAGUACAUCGCCAGCCUCUCCGAGUCGGGCACCAAGCGCAUGGCUGCCGGCGUGCGGAUGGAGUGCCAGAGCCGCGGGCGCUGCCCCUCGUCCUGCCCCCUCUGCCACGUCGCCUCCGGCCCCGACGCGCCGGCUGAGCCCAUCCUGCUCGAGGUCACCAAGGCGGCCCCCAUCUACGAGCUGGUCACCAACAACCAGACCCAGCGGCUCUUGCAGGAGGCCACCAUGAGCUCGCUGUGGUGCUCAGGCAGUGGGGACGUCAUUGAGGACUGGUGCCGCUGCGACUCGAGUGCCUUCGGGGCCGACGGGCUGCCCACCUGUGCACCUCUCCCCCACCCCAUCCUGCGGCUCUCCACCGUGCACGAGCCCAGCAGCACGCUGGUGGUGCUGGAGUGGGGGCACUCGGAGCCCCCCAUCGGGGUACAGAUUGUCGACUACCUGCUCCGCCAGGAGAAAGUCACCGACAGGAUGGACCACUCCAAGGUGGAGACUGAGAUGGUGCUGAGCUUCGUGGACGACAUCAUCUCUGGUGCCAAGUCUCCCUGCGCCAUGCCAGCCCAGGUGCCCGACAGGCUCUCCUCCACCAUCUCCCUCAUCAUCCGCUGCCUGGAGCCUGACACCACCUACAUGUUCACCCUCUGGGGUGUCGACAACACGGGGAGACGCUCCAGGUCCAGUGAUGUGACGGUGAAGACACCCUGCCCCGUGGUAGAUGAUGUGAAAGCUCAAGAAAUUGCUGACAAGAUCUACAACCUCUUCAACGGCUACACCAGUGGCAAGGAGCAGCAGACAGCCUACAACACCCUGCUGGACCUGGGCUCCCCCAGCCUGCACCGAGUGCUCUACCACUACAACCAGCACUACGAGAGCUUCGGGGAGUUCACCUGGCGCUGUGAAGACGAGCUGGGGCCCAGGAAGGCUGGCCUCAUCCUCUCGCAGCUGGCAGACCUCAGCAGCUGGUGCCACGGCCUCCUGCAGGAGCCCAAGAUCAGCCUCCAGCGCUCGUCCCUCAAGUACCUUGCCUGCCGCUACAGCGAGAUCAAACCCUACGGGCUCGACUGGUCGGAGCUCAGCCGGGACCUCAAGAAGACGUGCGAGGAGCAGACGCUGAGCGUCCUCUACAACGACUACGGGGACAAGGACUACUGAGGGAUGCAGGCACCCGCCUGCACGCCAGCCCUCCCGGGGCGGCGGGGAGGGUUUUAUAUAUGGACCCACAGCGGGGAGGGGGGGGUGUCUCUGGAGACAAAAAUUGGGACCGGGGAGCAAAAUGGCUGCUCUGCGCAGUUCUGCCUCAGUAUUAGUUUCUUCUUCGGCUUGGCCAAAAGUCUUUCUAGUUAGGAGUCUUGUGGGACCCUGUUUUCUUGGUUUGUUCUGUUCAUGUUGCCAAGAGGUUCCUUAUGGUGGGCACGGGGGCGUGGAGACGGCAGGCUGGGGGGCAUGGCCCUCUGCACCACCCCGUGUCCCUGCCCCAGCCGCAAGGGGCCACUGGUCACGGGAGAAGCACGGUGACACAGGUGGGAAGGGAGAACUGGUGAGACGGAGACGGGGCACGCAGGUCGGGCUGAGAUGCUAAUGGUUAUCGCUGAGCAAAACAGCCACCAGGCAGCCAAGAGGGUGUUUGGGGUGUGGUUUGUUUUUUUUUUUGGUUUAUUUUUACAAUUGUAAAGCAUGAGGUCUGGAUGAGACUUGGCUCAGCUGUGGUGUCAUUGGCCCAGGUGAGGGGAGGAGACAGGGGCGGCAGUGAGCCCAUCUCCUUGGGGCUCCUCUGCCAUGGCCAGAUCCCUGUUGGCUCAGAGACACAGGGUGCUCUCGGGCAGAGGCAGCCUGGCCGCAGGGCCAGCGGUCAGCUGGACAUUGCGAUCUUUUUUCUCGUGGGACCAAACUCCUAGAAAGUCAACUCAAAAACCCCUUCCUUUUUUUUAUUAUUUAUUUAUUUUUUAUUUUUUAACCCACCGUAAUAAAGACUUAGAAGCAAUGACAAGCUAGCGUUUGUCAAACGCUAAAAAACGGAGGCUGGGCUCCGUUCAGAGCAAACCGUUCCCCAAAACCCCGUUACCACUGAUGCUGUUGGAGGCAGCAAACGGCUUCAUUUUAGCCUCAGCUACCAGCCUGGUUUGCAGAGGAGGCACCUCUGGACUUGCCAGCUGUGCACCUUUGAUCUGGACAAGCCAGGAGUCCUGCAGAGAGAUUUUUUACGAUGCCUCUUCAGAACAAAAUUUCCUUUUCAUUUUUCAGUCUUGGCAGGAGCAAUCUUCAGCCUUGUCUCUUUUGAUUUUCCACCUCGUUCCUCGCGGUACCUGCUGAGGACACGGCUUCAGUAUUUGUGCAGCACCGGAGGGGAGGAUGCCGUGGCCCGCAGCCGGUCACGGCCACCGGCACCGCGCCGCAUAAGUCACACAGCAGCCGAUCAGAGCACAUGAGCAUCCCCCUGCAGGACCAUGCUGCAUUUUGCCUUUUCCUCCCCAUGGGCAGAGCUCUCACGUGGGGGCAGCUAGGCUGGGUGGGAGAGCUGCUGGGCGCAGCCACCAGCAGUCAGUAUUACCUGGGCAUCCGAGUGUCAUUUGUGUAAGGAAUUCAUCUGGCAGGGCUCAGCGGGCAAACACCCGAUUUUUGCAAGAAAGAAGUCUACCAGAGUCUUCAGGCUUCCCUUGACAUGUGUUUCCUUCUAUUUUGAUGUGCUAAACGCUGCCAAGGGCUUGGUGCUUGGAGCAAGCCCAGCACCGUCUCCAUGCUCAGGUACACGUGGGCAGGUGCUCCAUUUCCUUUCAGCCACGGGGAAUCUUGGCUAAGACACUUUGGUUCGGUCUCUUUCUCCUUCCAGCUGAUGCUGAGACAUCCUUUAACUUCCAUCCAGGCAGCCGGCCAGCGGUGAGCAAAGGGCACUUCCGCGCAGUGCCUCGGAGGGAUGCUUGGACGGAGGCUGCUCUGGCCCGGAUGCGACUUGGUAGCUGGCCAUGUAAUACCGCUUACGUGGCCUUUAUAGGAAAUGCAGACGGUUUUCCUUUUGGGAGCAGCCUCCUCCCUUGUGUUGCUUACGAGGUGCAGCAGCAGGGGCAGGGGCGCAGCCUGCCAGCCGUGCACCCUGGCUCUGCCAGGAAAACCCCGCGCGCUCAGUGGCUUUUUCACCCGGACACAGAACUUAUCAUGGGGCCCUGCGGAUGUUUCCGUUCUGCUCCCACUCCACUAUUUCUAAGCCCUUGCACGGUCACUUGAAACCCUGCAGAGCCAGGCUGGGCUCUUCCUUGGGUGUUGCCAUCGUGCUCUGGCCACGACGGGUCUCUCCUGCUGGAAAUCCCCACCCGGAGCUCUCCUUUGAGCCCUGCGGUUGGGUGAGGGCUCCGUUGGCUGGGAGAGGGACACCCCGAGGGUGAGGGCGAGGUGACCCACACAAGAUCGGACACCAAGACCCUUGCACGGGGUGGGAUUCAGUGUCACCAGCCCAUGACAGGCACCACUCUGAGGCACCUGGGUGACUGUUGCGGAGUUGCCACACACCUGUCUCGAUGCGGCACAUGCCCAUUUUCGUGGCAGCCCUUGCCUUGUUCAGCCUUUCUGCUUGGUUUCUCUCUCUGGCUUUGCAGCUCAGAAAUUUGCCCAAACUUGUAGGUUUUUUUUGUUGUUGUUGGUUUUUUUUUUUUUUUUUUCCAGAAUCCCUGAGUUAUAGCACAUAUGCUCAUCUCAGACAGCUGCUCAGACAGCCCUGAGGCGUUCCCUUCCCUGCAGAGCUGGAGGACUUCAUCUGCCGAAGGCUCCUGCCCCAAACAGCCACCCCUGGCUCUGCACAGUGUUUCCUCUUGUGGACUCCUGCCUCUUUCCAUGCUGCCAACCACAGGAGAAGACAACGUGUUUUGUCCUUUUCCCAACCUCCCUCACCCUCCUGCCCUCUCUCCUAGUUUUAUUUCCGAAUUAACGAAUGACCAUUCACCUGAGAUGAACCUCUGGGUCAUUAACUUUUCUUUGCUGCACCCGUUCCCCUGUAAUAGCAUUACUACCUUUUACUUGUCGUGCCGUUAUUUAACAUAUAAAGAUGGUUUGGUCCUGUUCUUUAAAAAGAUGGCUACAAUUCAUGUUCCUUGAUGUUAUAUUAAAACUCUAAUGUGACAUUUUACUACUGUAGAUUGAAAGUAGGGUGCUCUAGGGUUGGAUAGCCACACGGCAAGAAAUGCAAAACCCUUCCGGAUUACUUUAAAAAAAAAAAGGUUUUAAAGAACAACAACAACAAAAAGGUCACUAGCACUAUGUACAACUCCAGGUGAUAAUUUAACCGACUAUUAAACGGAGCUGUUAGUAAUCCGUGGCUCUGGCAAUCUGGGAUGUUUGUUUGCAGUUUUGGUCCAGCUGAUGUCAUCUCUUGGGAGCGGAUGAAAAGCUCCCAGGCUUUGAACUCUUCGCCUCUUCACACAAGUUUAGCAUUAGCCCGUCUGCCCACCAGGUUAGCCAAGUCCCAAAGCACGGAAGGACCCUCGCCUCGGUUACCCUUACCUGCUCCACCGGCACAGGAAGGUCCAGAUCCCUUUGGGUUUGGGGGAAGGACAGUGUUAACACACCCUCAGAAAUGGGGCUUUGCUUCACAAACCUUCAUGGAUGCCGGGAAUUUGGGAGUGGAUUCCAAAAAAAUGCCUUUUAGCCUGAUUGUACUCAGAUACAAGGUGGAUGGGAUCAUGCGGUCUGGUGGUCCACCACCCCCUGCUCCACUUGGCAGACCCCUGGCAGAGGACCAGCAGCAUCGAGAACAUCAGCUUCCUACAAGUGAUGCAAAAAGCUGUGCCUGAGCAGGUGUGGGAGACAUAAAGGAUGCCUUAAAAUUCACUUACAAUGCAAUUGAGCAUCCAGAGGCAGCACACUCAUGGCGGCAGGGCCCUUCCCCAAGCCUGCUGCAUGUUGCCACCAGCCCUGCCAGGAGGUGGGAGACCCGGGGGUAGCUGGGGAUUGCUGUGUGCGCAGACAGGAUGCCUGGCAGGAUAUGGGAGAGGGUGGAUUUAGGGGCUAUGGAGCACAAAUCCAUAGGAAACCAGACUUCAUUCCGCUUCAUGGAACAAAUUGACUUUUUUUUCUCUUGCCACUGCUGAAUUUCAGGAAAAUAAGUUAAAACUACACACAAUACUUUCCUUCUACUAUUUUCCAUGCAGCUCACUGCUGUGGCUGCCACCAGCUUGUUGCACAAUGACCUGUGAAGGAGGAGGAAGAAGAGAAAGAGAAGGAGGAGGAAGAGGAAGAGGAGAGAUGCUGCAUGGCAGUGAGAUGGGGUCACAGGCAUGAACUGCUGUGUCAGAAAACCCUGAUGUGAAAGCCACGGGAGAAGGUCACCCCCAACAGGGCAAAGUGGGCUGUAAAGGAUGCACCACUAGCUGAAGGGAAAGGCAGCGUUAGGCCCUGGAGAGGGGGUAGACACAGCCCAGCCUUGCUCCCACCAGUGUCUCCCAGCUCCCCAGAAGCAAGCAGGUGUGAUUCCCUGAUUUUGGCGUUCUAAAAUUAAGAAAAUCUGCCGGUUUAAGUGCCAUUCGGCUCCGUGUGUGUGUGUUGGAAGGGCUGCUGUUGGCCAGCAGACUUUAUUUACCCUCUACAAGGAGGUGCUUGCAGGGAUUUCUUCAUUUUAGAGCAGGCGUGAAUGACAUCUCAGCAUUGCAGCCCUCACGCAAGACACCGUGUCCCCAUGGUGCCAGUAGCCACCUCAUUUUGUAAUUCGGCAUGGACUUCUUGGGCAUCCUAACUGCUGCCAAAGCUUCCCAAAACCCAGUCUGUGCAUCUGGAAGAGCCACCACCCUGCUCGACUGCAUGUCCCCCUUGUCUUGGGGACGCAGGGGCCGGCCUCUCUUCCUUCAAGGCUGGGUGGUUGGUGGGAAGGAGGGGAUGGGAUGGAAAAACUGCUCUUCACUUGGCUACUGCCCUAGACAUCAGCCCUGUUUUGUUUUAAGUGCAAACCCCACAGCUGGAGUGCUGGUUGCUUGGUGGCUCCCUCCCAUGCUUGAGGCUGUGGUGCCUCUUAAUGAAUUGUCCUCCAUGAAAAUCUGGUCCUGGUGGGAAUCUGUGCUCUGGGGACAUCGGGUGUCAUUGGGAACUGCUGUUCCUCCUCCGGGGAGUGGCGAGAGGCUUCCUGCAAAGACCAGGAGCAAAGGAGGGGCUGGUGCUCACCAGGGGGAGGUGUGUGGCUGCUGGAGGAGGAGAGGGAGCAGGGUGUAAAGUCAGGACAAGGGACGUGGCAGAUGGAAGAUAAUGCAGAGGGAGGCUUGGGAUGGGUUGAGCAUCCCCAGCAGGAGCACCCCAGACCCCCCCCGGCAUGCUGUGAAGGGCAGUGAUGGAAGCAGCCCUGCUGUGUCCCCACACCCGGCAUCCCCAGGGCUUGCCGUGGCCUGCCUGCCUUCCAGCAGCAGCAUGAGCCCGGGCGGCUCAGCUUGUUUCCAUCAGCACAUCUGGCUCCAAUUGCUGGCAGAAGGAAGGGCCCCACACACCCAGGCCGCGGUGACAAGGGGACGGGUGUUCAACAGCACCGAGCCGCCCUCGCUCCCCCCCCCCCCCCAGGUGUCUGGUGAUGGAGCAGGGCUCACCCAGCACACAGCCAGUGCGAGGGGCUCUUCCUCGCAUGUUCUCUUCCCAUCGCCCCUCUCUGGGGCUGGGGCCAGUGACAUGCUCAUGCCAGGAAGAAAUUUGGGAUCUUACUGCCUUCUGUAGCCUCAGCGCUGCCCCACAGCAUCCAUCAGCCCCCCAGCCCCCUGCCGUCGCUUGUGUUUUCCAGUCCUUCCCAACCUUUCCGCUCACUCGGCCGUGACUCACCUUCUCCGGCAUCUGCAAGGGAGGCGUGCGGUGGAGGAAAGACAAACAGCUCCUAGCUCGGGUUUGGGCUGCUCAAACCCUGCCGUGGAGCUGCCAGAGGGUGCAGGGGCUCCCUGGGGACCACCCCGCACUGGGGCAGGUGAGCGCUGAGAGCCAGUGUCCCAACAGGGGGACAUUGGCUCGUGGGCUACAGCCGUGGUCUGACGGGGGGAGAGGCUUGGAAUAGUCUCAUUGGCAACAGGAAAGAGAAGCCCUGGAAGCUCUUUUCCCCAAAGUCUA